AUGGCAUGGGAGUAUGUCGAGGACAAUGGCUAUAAUGUGGGGCCUGAAUUGUAUCUUGAUUGGUAUGAUGAUGAUCUUGAAUUUAUUGCUAUUGGAGGGAGUACAUCGCAUGAUGCUGGUGCUGGAGGGUCUGGACUGCAAGUUGCUGGUGUUGGUGGAUAUAGCAUCGAAGAGGCUCAAAUGCAAGACAAGUCGAGAGCUAAAAGAAAAAAGGCCAUCUUUGAUGCUUAUGACACAGAUGAGCUAGAUUCUCUUAAAGGUGAUGAGAAUGAUGGGGAGAUUGUGCAACUACCAGUGUUUAAUGAAGCUGUUGAAAAGUUGCAGAAUAAGUUGGCUACAAGGGAGUGGGUGGCAAGCAAAUUGGUUCCAAGGGUUAGGUUACAACCAAGCAUGACUGGAGAUGAAGCUUAUGAUUACCUGAUGCACUUAUAUAGAGUGAAAGUGGGAGAUACUAUGAUUUACAGGGCCCUAUGUAUUGCUCAUAAGACAUGUCAAGGUUCAGAGAAGGAACAAUACACUAAGCUAAGAGAUUACUGUAAUGAACUUCUAAAAAGCAAUCCAGGGUCGAGUGUGGGACUGAAUGUUGCUCCAGUCUCACAUCAUUUUCAGAGAAUGCCACUUAUUGGCCUAGAUGGUUGUUUCCUGAAGGAAUAUUUUGGGGGCCAACUUCUAUCAGCUGUUGCUCAAGAUGCAAAUAAUGCAUUUUAUGUAAUAGCAUAUGCAAUAGUUGAUGUGGAAAACACGGAAAAUUGGAGAUGGUUUCUCAUAAAUCUUGUGGAUGACUUAGGGAAUCCCGUGCUCAAUGGUUUUAGCUUCAUGUCUGAUAUGCAAAAUGGCUUAGAUGCCGCACUGAAGGAGAUUUGCCCAGGAGUACCACAUAGGUUUUGUGCUAGACAUAUAUGGGCCAAUUUCAACAAGAAUUGGCCAGCAACUAAGCAGCAAUUUCAACUGAGGAUGGAUCACUUGAAGACAAUCAGUCCUGAAGGAUGGCUUUGGCUGAGCAAAUUACCACCUGGCAGAUGGACCAAGUCAGCAUUUGAUACAUAUUCAAAGAAUGACUCACUGACAAAUAACAUGUGCGAGCAAUUCAAUUCUGAAAUAAUGAAAGUUAGGAGUAAGCCCAUCAUCACCAUGGUUGAAGGGAUCAGAAUGUACAUUAUGAAAAAGAUGACAAUGAGCAAGCUGCAAAUGGCCAAAUACAAAGGAGAAGCCUCUGCUAGCCAAGCCAUUUCCCUCCCUGUCCCGGUUCCUGACUCCCUUUUCUAUAAAGAGGACCUCCAAUCGAUCCCUCUCCAAGUCAACAGCUUCAUCCUUAACUUCAUCCUAGGAUAUGUAUUUGUUGAUUUAACUCGUAUUGUGUUGCUGAUAGAAGUUGUGAUAUGA